GAAUUUUGAACUAAUCUUGAAUAUGCAUAUCAAAGAUAAAUAAUGAUUUCCCAUGACUUUCGGAAACAAUUUUUGUUUCUACACAUCAUUGGUACACUAAACACCGUAAUGUGUACCCCGAACAAAUGCUUCAAAGUGCACUUCUUGGGUAAUUGCAUGACCGUGUACAACUGAGGAGCCUGUGGUUCUAACUAGUAAAGCUCUCCGGACUGCCUAUACUCCCACCUCGGGAAAGUAAAAUUUCACUGCAUACGCAAUACUGAAACUUAAAUUACUGAUUUUCUACUUUUUACUACCGCUUUUCUUCCAGUGGGUUAACUGUGAUAUUCGAUUGAUAAAUAUGUCAAUUCUUGGAAAAUUCGCUGUGAUAAUGGCUGAUCCACCAUGGGAUAUACACAUGGAACUGCCAUAUGGAACAAUGUCAGAUGAUGAAAUGAGACGUUUAGAUAUACCUUGUUUACAAGAUGAUGGUUAUAUAUUCUUAUGGGUAACUGGAAG